AUGGUGCGGCAGGAAGAAGAAGGCGUCGCCGGCGGCGGGGGAGAGAGGAAGGUGCUGUUCGGCAAGUACCAGAUGGGGCGGCUUCUGGGUAAGGGGACCUUCGCGAAGGUCUACUACGGGAAGGAGCUCUCCUCGGGGGAGAGCGUGGCCAUCAAGGUGAUCAACAAGGAGCAGGUGAAGCGGGAGCCGCAGAUGGUGGCGCAGAUCGUCAGGGAGAUCUCCAUCAUGCGCCUUGUCCGGCACCCUCACGUGGUGGAGCUCCGGGAAGUCAUGGCCACUAAGUCCCGCAUCUUCUUCGUCAUGGAGUACAUCCGCGGAGGCGAGCUCUUCGCCCGGGUGGCCCGCGGCAAGCUCUGCGAGGACGACGCCCGCCGCUACUUCCAGCAGCUCAUCUCCGCCGUGGACUUCUGCCAUUCCCGCGGCGUCUCCCACCGGGACAUCAAACCAGAGAAUCUCCUACUCGACGAGAAUGGCGGCCUCAAGGUCUCCGACUUUGGGCUCUCCGCCCUGCCGGAGCAGCUCCGUCAGGACGGGAUGCUCCACACACAGUGUGGCACGCCGGUGUACGUGGCGCCGGAGGUCCUGCGCAAGAAGGGCUACGACGGCGGCGCCGCCGAUCUCUGGUCCUGCGGGGUCGUCCUCUUUGUGCUCCUCGCAGGGUUCCUGCCCUUCCAGGACGAGAACCUGAUGAAGAUGUACCGCAAGGUGUUCAAGGCCCAGUUCGAGCUCCCCCGGUGGUUCUCCCAUGGCGCCUCCCGCCUCGUCUCCCGCCUCCUCGUCCCCGACCCGGAGAAGCGCAUCACUGUGCCAGAGAUCAUGGAGGACCCCUGGUUCAAGACGGGCUUCUCCCUUCCCGCCGGCGACGGUGGCGGUGACGGCGGCGAGAAACAGGGGACGACGGAAGGGGAGGCGACGUCGCCGCCAGUGUUCUUCAACGCGUUCGAGCUGAUCUCGGCGAUGUCGUCGGGGUUCGACCUGUCGGGGCUGUUCGAGGAGGAGAAGAGCCCGCGGCAGAGGGCAGCGACGGGGUCGGUGUUCACUUCCCGGUGGACGGCGGGGGCGAUCAUGGAGAGGCUGGAGAGGGUGGGAAGGGCGCUGGGGUUCGCCGUGAAGAGGGGUGGCGGCGUCUGCAAGCUGCGGCUAGAAGGGGGGAGGGAGGGGAGGAAGGGGAAGCUCGCCGUCACGGCGGAGGUCUUCGAGUUGGCGCCGGCGGUGGCGGUGGUGGAGUUCUGCAAGUCCGCCGGGGACACGCUGGAGUACGUGAAGUUCUGCGAGGAGGAUGUGAGGCCGGGUCUCAAGGACAUGGUCUGGGCGUGGCAGGGCGACCACUGCAACGACGCCAGGGCCGGAGAAGACGGCGCCGCCGCCGCCGACGGCCGCUGUAACAGCUGCGGAGCCUGA